GGCUGCUGGGAUCGCUCGCCGCCUUGGUAAUGUCCGCCAUGUUUGCCAUGGCGCAGGGAGCGGAUCGAGCCGACGAAUCCCGGAUCUAGGCACGAAGCGCCGCCCGCCGGACCCCGAGCCUUCCGCCCCUCACCGAGCCCCGGGGGGCCCCCCCAUGAGUCCGCUGGGGGAGUGCGAGUGACGGAGCGCGGGGUUCGCCAGCCCGGGUGGGGACAGUCUGUGGAGAGGCGGCCAUGAGCAAACUCUCCUUCCGAGCGCGGGCGCUAGACGCCGCCAAACCGCUGCCCAUCUACCGCGGCAACGACAUGCCCGACCUCAACGACUGCGUCUCCAUCAACCGGGCCGUGCCGCAGAUGCCGACGGGGAUGGAGAAGGAAGAGGAAUCGGAACAUCAUUUACAACGAGCUAUCUCAGCACAGCAAGUUUUUAGAGAAAAGAAAGAAAGCAUGGUUAUCCCAGUUCCCGAGGCUGAGAGCAAUGUACUUUACUACAGUCGUCUGUAUAAGGGAGAAUUUAAACAGCCCAAGCAGUUCAUUCACAUUCAACCUUUUAAUCUGGACAAUGAACAACCAGAUUAUGAUAUGGACUCUGAAGAUGAGACAUUGCUUAACAGACUAAAUAGGAAAAUGGAAAUUAAGCCACUGCAAUUUGAAACUAUGAUUGACAGGCUGGAGAAGGCAAGCUCUAAUCAGCUUGUUACUCUCCAAGAAGCAAAGCUGCUACUAAAUGAAGACGAUUACCUUAUCAAAUCUGUAUAUGACUACUGGGUAAGGAAGCGUAAGAACUGCAGGGGGCCAUCCCUUAUUCCUCAAAUCAAGCAAGAGAAAAGAGAUGGCUCUACAAACAGCGACCCCUACGUUGCCUUCAGGAGGAGGACAGAGAAAAUGCAAACACGGAAGAAUCGCAAGAAUGAUGAGGCCUCGUAUGAAAAGAUGUUAAAGUUAAGAAGGGAGUUUAGCCGAGCCAUAACCAUUUUGGAAAUGAUCAAAAGAAGAGAAAAGACGAAACGGGAGUUAUUACACCUAACGUUGGAAGUGGUAGAAAAAAGGUAUAACUUAGGUGACUUUGGAGGGGAGAUCUUGAAUGAGAUUAAAAUUCCAAAAGUUGAAAAAGAAGUUCACGCCAUUCCAGCAUCUCUUCAUAAUGGGAACCACCAUAAAGUACCAGAGUGCAAAGCAAAGAAUAUACAUCAUCCAUUGGUAAAAGAAGAAGUUUUAGAAACUGUCCGUGUAAAAAAGAAAUAUCCAAAGAAGCCAAAAUCAGACACUCUCAGCACGCCUCAGCCCAAACCCACCUCAGAGCCCUUGCCAGACAUUAGCAAGAGUGACAUCAAACAAUAUGACUUCCAAAGCUCUGAUGACGAAGAGUUCCCACAGGUACCCUCCCCAGUAUCCGAAAUGGAAGAAGAUAGUGAUCCUGAUGGACCCUAUGCUUUUAGAAGGAAAACUGGAUGCCAGUAUUAUGCCCCUCGUUUGGACCAAAUCAGUGACCCUUCAGAAAAUACAGAAAUGUCUGGAUUGGCUGGGUCUCGGUAUAGGCACUGCCUUACAACUCUUACAGUCCCAAGACAGUGCAUAGGCUUUGCAAGGAGGCGACUAGGCCGUGGUGGACGGGUUAUAAUGGACAGACUAUCUACGGAACAUGACUCUGUUCUAAAGCAGCUUGACCCGGAUAUGUUGUCUAGUUCUCCAAGCUCUUCCCAAGUUGCACAGUCCCCUCCUAAUCUGUCAAGGACCAAUGCUUCCGAUAAACAUUGUGAAAACAGACUUUCUCUUUCUGAGAUCUUAAGCAAUAUUCGAUCGCGUCGACUGCAGUGUUUUCAGCCAAGGCCGCUACAUUCUCAAGACAGCGAUGGAGAAGAAUGUACCUCAAGGAUAGUAGGACAAGCUGUGAAUAUUAAGAGAGUUUCUACAGCUUUAUUGAACACCAGCAAAAAUGGCUUGACGGUCACAGGGGGCAUCACAGAGGAACAGUUCCAGACGCAUCAACAGCAAUUGGUUCAAAUGCAGAGGCAGCAAUUGGCUCAAAUGCAGCAGAAGCAGCAGUCUCAACAGUGCUCUCAACAGACGCAUCCAAAAGCACAGGGCUCUGUUAAUUCUAACUGCAUGUCCAAGACGCUUGACUCGGCAAGUGCCCAUUUUGCUGCAUCUGCUGUGGUUAACUCCCCAACUCCUGGCUGCAGCGAAAUAACCAAGGAUCAAAAUACAGGCCACAGCAACCUGAAUGGUGUUGUACAACCUUCAGGGACCGCUAAAACGCUGUACUCCACAAACAUGGCUUUAUCAUCCAGCCCAGGGAUUUCAGCAGUUCAGCUUGUAAGGACAGUUGGACACCCAACCACUAACCACUUAAUUCCAACAUUGUGCACAAGCAACUCUCAAACCCUUCCUAUGAGUAAUUCUUGCCUACCCACCACCGUUCACCUCAACAAUGUCAGUGUUGUGUCACCUGUCAAUGUGCAUAUCAAUACAAGGACUUCAGCACCAUCGCCAACAGCCUUAAAACUUGCCACAGUUGCUGCCAGCAUGGAUAGAGUGCCAAAGGUUACUCCAAGCAGUGCGAUCAGCAGCAUAGCAAGAGAUAACCAUGAACCAGAAAGAUUGGGUUUAAAUGGAAUUGCAGACACAACAGUGGCUAUGGAAGUGACAUAACCUUUUAAAACAGUGGACUUUUGGCCUGACGUUUGUAGGCAUUUUCUUUCCAACUACAUGCAGAUUGCAGCGCCCUGCAGAUGGCAGUGCGCUAACACGGACCUAAAUGGACUAUCAGUAUAUUGGAAGUUAACACGAUAUACCUUGUACAUUUUGUAAAAAUGGAGAAAAUCACUACCUUGUAAAAUAGUUUAUUUGUAUCAUCAAUAUUCUUUCUGUUACUUGAAUAGUAGAUAUUCAUCUUCAUCAUGCUUUUGCACUUGAAUUUGCAACUGAAUGGAUAUAAAAAAAAUAAUAAAAAAUCUUUAAUGGGAUCAUGAGCAUGAAUUGGGAUCCUGCAUCACUUGUUUUAACUAUUUAUUUUGCCAUGUUUACAUUUUGUAUAUUGUACAAAUAAAUCCAACUUUGUGUCUAAAAAAAACAAAACAAAAAAAAAAAAACAACAAAAAAAGAAAAAACAAAAUGUUAAAGAUUCAUAGCUAGGAAAUUAAAUUCUUGUAAUUUUUUUCUAAAGAAAAUGUAAAGUUUUCACUCGGUUCAUUUUGUUUCACAAUUUGACGAUCUGGACCUUUUGGUAACUAUUUUAGUGGCAUUUCACUGUCAAAUAUGAAGUUCAAGGCAAAAUAGUAUUUUCUAUUACUGUGCAGGGGUAAGGGAUGGAUCGAUAAUACAAAAUUUAAUGUAGUGACUCACUUUUCCAUAUAUUUUGAAUGUAUAUUUCUAUUUAUAAUACCAGUUUCUAAGAGUUAAUUAAACAAAAGUCUAUGGAACGUGGAAAAUUAAUGUAUCUAGCGCACAAAGUGUGCAGACGUGGUUUUUUUUCCAGCCAUUUACAUUUUAUCAUAAAUUGCAUAUUUUAUCCAGCUUCAAAACCUUAACACCCAAAGUAAAGAUUAUUUUACCAUUUAUGUAUUGCAUUAUAUACCAUUGCAAUAAUUAUUGGGCUUCUAAAUAUCGAGCCAUCCCUGGUGAAGGGGGGUGGGAGGGAAGGGACUGUGGCAAGAUUGACUUAUCAAUUUGAGAGUUUUUCCUGUAGCUACAAGGCAAGUAACGGGUUUGAAAUGGUCUGACUGCAAUUGUUGGAAACCUUCGUAGUGUUUAGUGGUUACAUUUUAUUUUUUUCCUUUUUUUAUUUUUUUUAUUUUGUUUUAUAUUUUUUAUACUGUUAUUGUAAAUUAGGUAUGUGUAGUGUUGUUUAUCAGAAUGUUCGUUAAUGCACUAGCUCAGACAACUUUCCCUGUUACUUGUUCUUGAUAAGUGAAAACUGCAGGGAAAUAAAAUACAUAUCAAAACAUUAAUGCCUUGCGCAAAUGUGUUUUUUGCACAGUGUGCAAAGUUUGUAACGAUGAUUACUAUAUGUCAGAUAAAGUCCAGCCAAUAAUAAAUGGUUCUCAGACACAACUAAAUGAA